GCUGCAGUCCCGGCGGCGGUGGCGGCGGCUGGAGGUGCAACCUCCCAGGUGGGAGGCGGGGGCUGCGGGCGCAGGAAAAGGCGCCUCGGGAGCCGGCGCUCGGCGGGGCCUCCUCGGGCCCCGGGCGCGGCGCGGCGAGUGGGAGCGAGCGCGCCGGGAGCACGCAGGCGCCCUGCUCGGCUGGCCCUCGGCCGGCGCGCGGCGCGGGAGCAGCCCGCAGCCCGCAGCCCGCGCCCCGCGCCCCCCGCAGCUCCCGGGCCGCCCGCGGCCGGCCGUCGGGAGCGGCCCCUCAGCGGCAAGCUCGGGCCGCCGGCCCGGGAGAGCGCGCGGCGGCAGCGGCGGCGGGACGGCCCCGGGGCCGCCCCGAGCGCGCCCUCCCGCCCGCGGCCACUCGCGGCCGGCGCUGGCCGGGCCGGCGCGCCCCGCAGGCAGCCGGAGCGCGGCCUCGGCCUCGGCGGGAGCGAGCCCCGGGCUGCAGGCGUUGGGAGGCGGCGCGGGCGGCCGCGGGCACUGACGGCGUCGCGGGGCGCUCCCGGGCGGCGGCGCAGCGGCGGCGGCGCAGGGGGCGGAGGCAGGGGGCGCCCCCAGCCAGGAUGCUGCGGUUCCUGCGCCGGACCUUUGGCCGCCGCUCCAUGCAGCGCUACGCGCGGGGCGCGGCGGGGCGCGGGGCCGCCGGGCUGGGGGACGAGCGCGACGGGGGACCCCGGGGGGGCCCGGCCGCCGCCGCCGCCGCCUCCUCGACGCUGCCCGCGGCUCCGGGGGGCAGCGUGUUCCCGGCCGGCGGCGGGCCCCUGCUCACCGGCGGUGCGGCCGUGCACAUCUCCGCCGCCGGCGCUGCCAAGGCCACCCUGUACUGCCGUGUCUUCCUGCUCGACGGGACUGAAGUGAGCGUGGACCUGCCGAAACAUGCCAAAGGCCAGGAUUUGUUUGAUCAGAUCGUGUACCACUUGGACCUCGUGGAAACAGAUUACUUUGGCCUCCAGUUCCUAGACUCUUCCCAGGUUGCGCACUGGCUGGACCAUUCCAAACCCAUAAAAAAGCAGAUGAAAAUUGGACCUGCUUAUGCUUUGCACUUUCGAGUUAAAUAUUAUUCUUCGGAACCGAACAACCUUCGUGAAGAGUUUACAAGGUACCUGUUUGUUUUACAACUCAGGCAUGACAUUCUUUCAGGAAAACUGAAAUGCCCAUAUGAAACGGCUGUGGAAUUAGCUGCUCUCUGUCUACAAGCGGAGCUGGGGGAGUGUGAGCUUCCAGAACACACGCCAGAGCUUGUGUCUGAGUUUCGGUUCAUUCCAAAUCAGACAGAAGCGAUGGAAUUUGAUAUCUUCCAGAGAUGGAAAGAGUGCAGGGGAAAGAGCCCUGCCCAGGCGGAACUGUCCUAUCUGAAUAAAGCGAAGUGGCUGGAAAUGUAUGGGGUAGACAUGCACGUUGUCAGGGGAAGAGAUGGCUGUGAAUAUUCUCUUGGACUGACCCCGACAGGCAUAUUAAUCUUUGAAGGAGCUAACAAAAUAGGCUUAUUCUUUUGGCCAAAAAUUACCAAGAUGGAUUUUAAAAAGAGCAAAUUGACAUUGGUGGUAGUGGAGGAUGAUGAUCAGGGACGGGAGCAAGAGCACACGUUUGUCUUCCGGCUGGACAGCGCCAGGACCUGUAAGCACCUCUGGAAAUGUGCGGUCGAGCAUCACGCCUUCUUCCGCCUGCGGACGCCGGGGAAUAGCAAAUCGAACAGAUCAGACUUCAUCCGGCUGGGGUCUCGCUUCAGAUUCAGUGGGCGGACAGAGUAUCAAGCCACACAUGGGGCCAGGUUACGGAGAACCAGCACCUUUGAGCGGAAGCCUAGUAAACGCUAUCCCUCCCGGAGACAUUCGACGUUCAAAGCAAGCAACCCAGUGAUAGCGGCUCAGUUCUGCUCUAAAACAAAUCCUGAAGUCCAUAAUUACCAGCCUCAAUACCAUCCCAAUAUCCACCCCAGCCAGCCUCGGUGGCACCCUCACUCUCCAAAUGUAAGCUACCCGCUCCCUUCCCCAGGGCUCAGCAGCGCGGACCGGCUGCCUUUUGGCAUCGAGGAGAACGGGGGCACGCCUUUCACUACCAAAGCUUCAGGAAGGCACCACCACCACCACCACCAGCACCAGCACCACCCAAACUAUGGCCUCUCGCUGACUCUGGAGAACAAGGAGGGGCCUCUGAGAUCCCCAAACUCCAGCAGUAAAUCCCUUACAAAACUGAGUCCAGGAGGACCUGCCCUGUUCAGCGAAGCUGCUGCCCAUCUAAAGAAGCUGGAAUUGGAAACUGUGAAGGCAGCGGGACCCUGGCCUGCUCUGCACAUCAACAUAAAUAAGUCUGUGGCGUGUGUUCUGGGUUUGUCACAGGCUGAAGAAAAAAAGGUUUCUGAGAAGACUCUUCAGACCCCACUUUUGCCUUCCCCUGUAGCUGAUCACGUGAAGUGUAACAUUUUGAAAGCCCAGCUGGAGAACGCAUCCCGAGUGAGUGCUCAGCAGGUUGGAAAAGAGGAAUCGACGUUUGUAAAUAUCAAUAAGAAAUCCAGUCUGCAGGAUGCUAAAGUAAGAAGUCCUAUUCCUAUACGUGUGGAAACUACCCAACCAGCUGUGGAAAAGCCGGAAAUCAAGCCUCCCCGUGUGAGGAAGUUAACAAGACAAUACAGUUUUAACCGCAGUGAUGAAGAUGACCUCCCUCCCGACCUGGCCGAGGCAGUAGGAGCGUCCACAGCCGCAACCACACACACCACCACGGCCACCACGCAAGUCUCAGCGCCACUGGUGUCCCCCAAGGGCCACAAAGUCAGCUCGCCUCAGAAUUCAGAAGGCAAGGGCCCGCUGUCCCCAGGGGCCAAGAGUCCCUCUGACCGAGGAGGUGCCUUUACGUUGGAGCCAGGCGAUCUCCUGAUGGACUUCACGGAAGCUACUCCUCUGGCAGAGCCCGCCAGCGCCCCCCACUGUGCCCACUCUCGCUGUUCUCCUCCACUCUCUCCCCCCAUGAAGGAAGAGACCACUGGAGUUUGCAUGCACCCUCCAAUCAAAACGAGGCUGAUAAAAACGUUCCCAGCUGAUCCAGUGACCCCGUUUCCUGAUGCUUUCAUUACAGGGCCACAGUUUGCCGCAGACUUUAGAGACAGUAAGUUACAGUGCUGUCCUGGCCAGUCUUCCCCACUGAUUCCAUCAGUGACCCUGAGGCCUUUGACAGAGACCGUCUCCACCGUGCAGACCAUCUACACCACGCGGAAGCCUGUUUCUCUGGCAGCCAGUGCAGAGACGCUCCGGCAGGAACUGGAAAGAGAGAAAAUGAUGAAAAGACUAUUGAUGACCGAACUGUGAAAUUCUCCCCCUUGUUGCCUGGAGGAUGGCAUGGUGCCUUCUGUCCGUUUUCUUUCUUCGGGCUUUGUGUGCUCACUCCAGCACAACACACAGAUGUGUGCUCUGUUCACCAGGUC